AAAGUUCUGAUGAUAUGAUAAUCAAGCUUCCAUUGCAAACGUCUAGUGACAAAGACUGUUUUCUUAGUGACGAAUCAACAGUUCAUUUUCUUUCAGUGCAGUUAUUUUAACAAGAUAUUAGGACAAGGAUGUCCCAGAAAAUGUUAAGAGGAGCGGAUGCAAUCCAUAUUGCAACGGUCCUUGAGGACUGUGUGGACCAGCUGUCAGUUCUUGGCAGAAUUAUGCCAUCAACCUUUGAUGGUAGACCUGAUGCUUUCAGUAUGGUACACUCACAAAUGACAGAGCUAAUGGAUGGUCAACGUGACCUUGAGUCCAGAUACCAAUCAAUCCUUGCCAAGAAAUUAGAUCUUAAACACAGCACAAGAAAUGCUGAGAAACUAACAGAGAUGGAGAAAGAGGUUUUGGAGACAGGAGGGGAUUUGAAAAACAGCACACACGUUUUCACCCGCAGUCUAAGACAGAACCCUCUCACUGGGGAUAACACUACCAAAAUUCAGGAUGAUAGGUUGUUUAUAGAAGGAGUUAUGGCAGAGACUUUGUCAGAGCUCAUACAGAACUGUACGUUUCAAGUGCUUGCUGAUGCAGUCAAUACACAGAAGGAAAGGAAAGCACAACUUUUGGAAACAAUUUUGAAAGAAGAGAAUGGUCGAAAGAGAGUAAAGACAUUACAGAAACAACUUGGUGACAUUAAAAAGGAGAAAGAAAAAGAAAUACAGGAAAGAAAUGAAAUGAUAGCACAUUUAAAGGAUCAACUGCAAGAAAUGAAAGCCAAAACCAACAUGGAGGGUAAAUACAUCAAGAAGUGUGCAGAGGUGGGUGUGGCACAAACACAGAAAAAGUGUUCUAUCUCUGAGAAAGAAAUGAAAGAUCAGAUUGAGAAAUUUCGACGUGAUAUUGAUGAAGAGAUUAGAUGUAAUGCCGAGAUUGAAUCAUUCCUGAGGACACAUCAAUCCGAGUUGGAGAGGAAGGUAGAUUUUUGGAUGGAGAAAUACGAUAAAGAUGUAGAAGCCAAACAACAUGAACUGGAUGUUCUAAAAGCCUCAAAGGCAAAGGAUCUGGAAAAACUACAAGAGUUAACUAAAUUGUACAGAGAAUAUGAACAAGUUGUAGUUGAAGACAGAAUAGAGAAAGAGAAGGCAAGAAGGAAACAGGAACAGGAGGCUAUAGAACUCAAAGCUUCUAUCAAGGUCCAGUCAUGGUGGCGUGGAGUUAUGGUACGGAAAGGUUACGGCCCCUAUGCCAAGAAGAAAAAGGGCAAGAAGGGAAAGAAGGGGAAGAAGGGAAAGAAGAAGAAGUAGACUAUAAUAGCUCAGCUGUGAUAAUUGUUGAUGUCUUUAUUUACAAAAAAAAAUGUGCAUUUGUAUUGUUUUUAUAUAUUUAAUAUUUCUGGUUUUGUAGAAUAAUGUGAUAUGCUGAAAUUCCAUAAAGUACAAAUCAAACAACAUCUUUUUUUCUGCUGAUAUAAGUUUUUGAUACAUUGUAUGUAUGCAAAGUUCUUUUGUAAUUCACAAGAACUUCAUUCCGUCCAUGUAUGCAUGUUUUGAACGUUAUUAUGUCCAUUUAAGCAAAUUCCUGUCCUGUCAGCUGAAAUUGACUUGUAUUUUUUAUAUUUAAUACACAUUGCUGUCCAUUUUAAAAACAUUUGAAUUUUGAAUUUCAUCUGGAGUCAUGCCCCUUUUAAUUCUUGAUUGUCCAACAAGAGGAUUACACAACACUUAUUAUUAUUAUUAUUAUUAUUAUUAUUAUUAUUAUACCAGAUUUAUAUAGCGCAAAAUUAUUACUGGUAUUUGUUAAGAUACAAGAGUUCUUCAGUCUAGACAGAUUUGUUACAAAGAGAUAUUUUUGCAGUUAAUUUUACUUUAGUUUCACUGGUUGAAUUUAAAGUUUGAGUCUAAGAAAACAGCAUUCACAUGAUAGUUUGCUGGUAUAGAGACAGACUUGGAUAUUUAUCUCAGCAAUUAUGGGACAGACAUUUAGGCUAGGUGGUUUAGGUAAAUGAAUUGAAUCGCUUGCCUCACACCUCUGCAGUUUCAAAAUCCAGCUUGAAAUGUACAAUUCUUUCAUGAGAGGACGCAAAGCAUCUUUCCAACAUAGGUCUGACAUUGGUUCUACCCAAGUGUUAUUCUGUGCCUGAAACAAUAUCGAGAGUGGCACCUGGAGUCUUUGCCCACCGUUAACCCUUACCAUGCUAAAUUUCAAUAAUGGACUGGUCCAUCUUCCAUUUUGGGCAGUACCAUUUAUCAUUUGAAGGGGAGUUGACUGAAAAUUUACUGACUGAAUAGCAAACAGUGCAGACCAUUAUCAGCCUGCACGGAUGUACAGGCUGAUCUUGGUCUACACUGGUUGCAAAGGCGUAAUCCAUGUCCAGCAUGGUAAGGGUUAAAAGCUUGAAAAGUCACCAUGUAACAUAAAUUGUGUCAGUAUGUUUCUAAAUCCAACAACUUAUUGAUUUUCUUGGCAUUUAAUUUACAUUACCCGGUGUUUAGGUAUUGACAUUGUAACAUCUGCUGUGAAUUUUAAAUAUAACAGGUUGAAAGUAUACAUGUAUUUUGAUCUACAUAAUUAUGAUAUUGAUAUGUGAAUGGUUCAUGCAGUUUGAAGACUUGAAAUUGCAAAAUACAUGAAGGUUAUGAUUUAUAGCACAAAGAUUGUUAUUCUUUUUCAGUUUGAAUAUAAAACCACCAUAGUAGUUAUACUGCUGGUUAAGUUUGGAGACUUUCUAGAAUAUUUGUGCAUGAACUCUCCAGUGUUGUAGCAUUGUGAGAUUUCAUAAAAUUACUUUAAUUGUUCUUUAACCUUUACCCUGCUAUAUUUCUAAAAUGGAUUGGUCCAUCAUUCAAUUUGGGCAAUACCAUUUAUAAUUUCUAGGGGUGUUUACUGAUAAUUUACAGACUGAAUAGCGAACAGUCGGACCAUGAUCAGACUGCACGGAUGUGCAGGCUGAUCUUGAUCUGCACUGGUCGCAAAGGCUGAAUCACUUGCCGCCAGCAGGCUAAAGGUUAAAUCAAAUGUCAGAUCAUCAUGGAAAACAUUUUUCCCCAGUGGAUCUGACUCAUGACCUCUUGAUUCAUAUUGUUGUGCAUUCCAUCUUGUGAGCAAAGCACUGAUACUCUUGUUCACAUUAUUUUGUCGUUUUCGAAUGUACUUGAUAGAAGAACAAAAAUAAUAAAAAAGCUGUACUGAUCUUUUACAUUUGCCUGUCAUAGAGAUAAAUAUGUGAUGAAACUGUUGAAAUUGUUCAAGCCUAGCUGUGUCAGAUUUCGCUCCGAUUUUCGAGCACCUAAUAAAAACUGCCAAUGCACUUAUUCAUAAAGAAUAAAAAGUCGGAACAAUGUUCAGCACAUUUUCAAUUUAUUGUAAUUUUGUUCUUGGCUAAAUUGUUGUGAUGAAACUUUACUGAGUUUGCUUGCUGCAGCUUAAUUACUUAUGCAAAGUUUCAUGAUAAUAUGUGAUAAUGUGACAGUGACAGAGCAGAAAGAAAAUUUACUAUUUUCAGUCAAAAUAUCAAAGAAACUGACGAAAGCGAGCCUAAUGCAAGUUCAUUUUAGGCAUACAUUCCUACAAGCAGUCUGUUUGGUGUAGCAGGACUGUUUAAAAUUUUAGUAAGAUAUUUGGUUGGAGUAAAUUUAAUGUAUGUUUUUUUGCAUGGCAUUAAUAUAUAUAUGAAUAUAUACUGGUAUGAACAGUGUUACAGCAUUCACACUUGUUGUUAUUUCUGUUUUUACAUGAAAAUGUCUGUGAUCUGUACACUAAAAAUACAUGUAAAUAAAAAAAAAUGUUCACACA